UCCUGUACCACACCCAUGCCCGACUAGUAGUCAAAUCCUGCAGCCGCCUAUGGUCAGUUCAGUUGUAAGAAGAUUCCUCUACCUGAAUCUGUUACUGGUAGAUACUAUCACUCACUCACAGCAGUCACAAUGUCACCACACUGUGUGUGGCUAGUAAUUGUUGGAGGAUGUGAAUCGCUUGAAUGGGAAGAUGUUGGAGGAGGAGUGAAGGAGCUGAUGAGUACAUUUAUCACUGAUACUAAUAGACUAACAAUGAUAAUUGAAUUAGUAUAUAUUGAAGCUGGUGAGUGGAUAGUACAGUCAGUACUGGAUGGUAAUGAUCUCACUAGUAAGAAAUAUCAAGAAAAGUAUUCAUCAUACAGCAAGACCAGAGUAUGGUGGAUGGAUCAACUAAUAGAAUAUCCAACAGAGAAGGAAAUAAAGCUUCAGAGAUACAUCCAGUCUUUACAUCAAGAACUACAAGUGGCUCAUGAGAACAAAGUAUCACUACAGGAGGCACUGACUGAGGCCAAUAAACAAGGUACAUGUACAUGUAUGAUGUGA